AUGCCGUUCUCCCAUCACAGCCACUCCGGGCAAUUCUGUCCGGGCCAUGCCGUCAACACGCUUGAAGAAGUCGUUCUGACAGCCAUCUCGCGUAAGCUUCGUGUCUUUGGCCUGAGUGAGCAUAUGCCGAGACACGAGGUCGACUUUUACCCCGAGGAAAAAGACACGGGAGCCAGCCUCGAAAGCCAUUUCGAGAACGAGGCUGCAUACAUUGCCGAAGCUAUUCGGUUACGGGAAAAGUACAAGGACCGGAUCAGUUUACCGAUUGGCUUUGAAAGCGACUGGAUCCGACCAGAGUCUCGCGAGCUCAUCGAGAGAAGCAUCACAAGUCAUCCUUAUGACUACUUUGUCGGGUCUGUGCACCACGUCCACACUAUUCCGAUCGAUUACGACCAGGGCAUGUAUGAUGCUGCACGUCAGAGAUCUGGUGAUUCGGACGAGCUGCUGUUCCAAGACUACUUUGACGCCCAGCUCGAGAUGCUGCAAGCAAUCAAGCCACCCGUGGUUGGCCAUUUUGAUUUGAUCCGGUUAAAGAGCGCUAAUCCCAACGGCUCGUUCCGCCACAUGCCUGGGGUGUGGCAACGAAUCGUGCGGAACCUGGAUUUUGUGGCCACGUACGGUGGGAUUUUGGAGAUCAACACGGCAGCUCUGAGAAAAGGGAUGGCUGAACCAUAUCCGAAGCAGGAAAUCUGUCAGGCGGCCCAGGACAAGGGAAUCGGUUUCUGCCUCUCAGACGAUAGCCAUGGGGUCAGUCAAAUCGCUUUUGGCUAUUUAGAGGCUCGGUUAUUCUUGCAGAGAUGUCAAAUCUCACAUUUAUACUUCGUGAAACAUACUGACAAGGCCUCGACAAUCGCGGAUCCCAGAUUCCCGACACUUGAGAUGAGCUUAGCGAAUGUGAACGAUCUAAUGUGGACCUGA